AUGACUGAAGAACAAUCAAGAAUUUCAGAGCCCUUUUUGGUCGAGAUAAAUGCAAGUGUUGCACUAAAACUGGCACAAAUAGGCCAGAAGCAUUACCCAGGAACUUCAUCGGGCCCUUUAUAUGGAUUUGACGACCAGGAGGAAAGAAUUCUCAACAUAUCUCACAUAAUUAACUUUCCUAAUCAACAUACGAGUGGUGAUGAUGUGUUCAAUACAAAGUCAUCUAACGCAAAAUUUCAGGCAGAUUUCCAAACCAAACUUAAUGACAGUAAAAUAGGUGUCAAGCUUUUAGGAUGGUUUAUGACUGCCACCAAGGGUAAGCAGAACAGACAGACGGUUGUUGAGUCUAUGCUUCGCUUGCAAAAGAAAAUGGUUGAGGAAGAGAAGAGUACAUUGCCUGUUAUAUUUGUUAUCUAUGAUCCAUGUAAAUCAACCGAUAGCUUGCUAAGUUUGCAAGUCUUAAAGUUGAGUGAUGCAUUCGUGAAGACAUGGAAUUCCGAGGCUAGAUUUGCCGCCAGAAAUCUCAUAGACAAUAGGCUCACCUACAGGAAUAUUUUCGAAGAAGUUCCAAGUAAAAUCAGAAACAGUAACCUAACUGAUUUAAAAAUUCAGGAGUUGGAUGUGAAUUCUGAGUAUGGCAAUGAGCUCGAGUUGACCUCAAAUUAUUUGAAAAUAACUACACAGACGUCAGAGCAAUUAAUUGAUGCUAUUGAUAACUUUAACCAUAACUUGGGCAACUUCAAUUACUUCCAGAGAUCUCUUAGUAGAGAGCUUACAAAGAUCAAUCAGUGGAAACUUAGAGCUAAGCAGGAACAUCUUGACCAUUUAAAGACGGAUCCAACUGCUGAGGAGCCAGAAUUAGAUUGGAAGGAGCACUACAAGCUACCGCAGGUUCCAUCUAAGUAUGAACACGUAGUUUCUGGUGGUUUGUUGAGCAGCCUCUGUAAUAACGUUAGUACAACCGGGUCUGUGGAGCAUGCAAAAACUACGGGUAUACAGAAGAGUUUGGACUUGUAA